UAUUUCUAUCAGAUAAUAACAAAUAAAAUUACGGAAAUGUCCAGAAUGGCCUCAAAGCUUUUAGCUUCCACCUUCCGCCGUACAAUUUCUUCAACCGGCACACCCACGCGCCACCUUACCACCGCUUCCGCAGCAAUAGCCACCGCUCCUCCACCUUACGGAGAUGAAGAUUCCAUAACGGUAAAAGGCAUAAAAAUUUCAGCUCGGCCUCUAUACCUAGAUAUGCAAGCCACGUCACCAGUAGACCCUAGGGUUUUAGACGCUAUGCUUCCUUAUUAUCUCGGCCGUUAUGGUAAUCCUCACUCGCGUACUCAUCUCUACGGCUGGGAGUCCGAUGCCGCCGUCGAGACCGCCCGCUCUCAAGUCGCCGAUCUAAUCAGCGCGUCGCCGAAAGAAAUCGUGUUCACAUCGGGAGCCACAGAGUCGAAUAAUAUUUCGAUUAAAGGAGUAAUGAAGUUUUACAAAGAAAAGAAACGGCACGUUAUAACGACGCAAACGGAGCAUAAGUGUGUGUUGGAUUCUUGCCGUUAUCUUCAACAGGAGGGUUUUGAGGUAACUUAUUUACCUGUUAAAAAUGAUGGUAUUAUAGACUUGGAGAAAUUUAGAAAUGCUAUUCGGCCUGAUACCGGAAUUGUUUCGGUUAUGGCGGUUAAUAAUGAGAUUGGUGUGAUUCAACCUAUGGAAGAAAUUGGUAAAAUUUGUAAGGAAUUUAAUGUGCCUUUUCAUACUGAUGCUGCACAAGCAUUAGGGAAGAUUCCGAUUGAUGUCGAUAAAUGGAAUGUCAGUUUGAUGUCGUUGAGUGGGCAUAAGGUUUACGGUCCUAAAGGCGUUGGUGCUUUGUAUAUGCGGAGGAGACCGAGGAUUCGAGUUGAGCCGCAAAUGAAUGGUGGUGGACAAGAGAGAGGGAUUCGUAGCGGGACUGUGCCGACUCCUUUGGUUGUAGGGUUUGGUGCGGCUUGUGAAUUGGCGAAGAAGGAAAUGGAUUAUGAUGAGAAGAGGAUUAAGGGUUUGCAAGAGAGGCUUUUGAACGGAAUUAAGGAGAAAAUUGACGGGGUUGUUGUGAAUGGGAGCGUUGAGAAUCGGUAUGCUGGGAACUUGAAUAUUUCGUUUGCUUAUGUUGAAGGGGAGAGCUUGCUAAUGGGGUUGAAGGAUGUGGCUGUGUCAAGUGGGAGUGCUUGUACUAGCGCGAGUUUGGAGCCCUCGUAUGUGUUGAGGGCGUUGGGAGUGGAAGAGGAUAUGGCGCAUACUUCUAUUAGAUUUGGGAUUGGGAGGUUUACUACUGAGGAAGAGAUUGAUAGAGCGAUGGAGCUUACAGUGCAACAGGUUGAGAAAUUGAGAGAAAUGAGUCCGCUUUAUGAGAUGGUCAAGGAAGGGAUUGAUAUUAAGAAUAUUCAAUGGGCACAACACUGAUAGCUGAGUAGAGGAUGCUACUGAUAGGAAUCUCAAAAGCAAGAUUGUUCAAGGUAAUGGAUUAUGUGCCGAAUGUUGAUAUCCAGGAAAGCUGGAGCUGCCAAAGUAUAUGGCCUUUGAUGGGUUAUCAUACAGGUCCUUAAUUUCUGCUGUCCUUGUAUAUACUUGAGAAAACAUUUCCAAGUUUAUCUAGGGUCGAAUUUUGGUGCUAGUUAUUUUCUUAAAUUAUAUGGAAGUUUUGUUUUUUCUUCAACAUGAGCAUACCAGACUUUGACAACAGGAAGAAUAAGGUGUGCUUAAAAUGCUGGUGUAAUAGUUAUUCUGUUGUAUCCAUACCUUUUUUUAUCUACUAAAUCACUAUGUUCUGCUGAAA